CACUUGCAGCAUAUAAACCUUUGACAGGCUCACAGGAGUAGCAGAGUGACUUAUUCAACAUGGUGUCUGUCUGGGGUUCCUCAGGAGCUUUGCUUCUUGUCAUGCUGAUUGGAGCCAGUCACGGCUACCCUGCAAAGAAAGCACCGUCUACAGAUUCUGGCUUGUGGGCAGCCUCAAAUCCAGUUAAUCUUCAAAGCGCUUCAUAUGAAGAGCCUAGAUAUGUUCAGAGAGAACCAGCAGCUGCUUCUAGCCCUAGCCGUUUUCCUGCACCUGUGUUUACUGGACCUGGCCUCUUGACACAGCCUGCCCCAACCCAGGAGGUCACCUGGGCCAUUUCGCCUAGCCUUUCUGGGGAGGCGCCAUCUACUGGUUCUCAGGCCUUUGCUUCAGGUGCCCCUGUAGGCCCAGAAUAUCAGUCGGGUGAAUUGGCCCACGUGGAAGAGAUCUUGGAGCAUGGCCACUAUGAGUCUGAAACGGAGGAAGAAGGUUUUCCUUCCCAGCAGGCUAGUUCUGAAGCUGAGGAGCCCUCGGCCUCGUUUGAUGUGCCAUUAACCUACAGCACAGAAUGGGGUUCAUAUCCCUACUAUGACUACAUGUUCCUCCUUGGCCAGUAUCCUCCAGGCACGGUCACUCACUUCAGCAGCAGCUUAGAGCAGGGACGGGAUAACUGGCAUGACAUUCACUACAUAAGGUACUUCUAUCCUGCUGGCCCUGGCCUUCAGCAAGUUCAGACCUUCCCUGCCCAGGGUGUGAAACCCGUACCUCAAAGCUCUCGCUCUUAAAGAUCCACUCUUGACGUCUGCCAAAACCUUCUGCAAGCUUCAUGUGUUAUGGCUCGAAUAUCAACUGCUGUAUUAAGACGAAUAAAAAAAAAAAAUCCA